AUGUAAUAAAGAGAAUCAAGAUUAUCAUAAAGGGCAUUUUCAUCUAAUUCUCCAACAAUGAGUAGUGCUUAUGCUUCAGCUAUGAAGAAUAUGUAGGAUAAAUUAAGAAAUGAUACAUGUAGAAAAUCAAUUGAUUUAUCUCCAUAAGAUAUCAUGAUUGAAUAACUUAAAUAAUAAGUUAAUGAAUUAUCUUGUUAGAAUGAUAGUCUAUAGAUAUAAUUAAUGAAAGUUUCUUAAGAAUUAGAAAUGAAUAAUAGAACCUCUUAAUAAAUAGAGUUGUUAUAAGUGGAAAGAUUAUAACAUUUAAAGGAUUAUUAAGAUAGAGUGUCUGAAUUAAUAAGGAAGAAUGAAGAGCUUAAACAUGAUAAACAUGAGAUAUAAAUGUAAUUAGAAAGUCUUUAGAGAUAAUUGUAAGCAUAUAAGAAUAAUGAAAAAGGUUUAUUGCAUAAAGUAGAAAUGAAGAAAUUUGAAGAAAAUACAAUAUUAUUGAAUACUGUUUAAGAAUAUAAAUAAAAGAUAGAUAAUAAAGAUAAUAUCAUUAAAAAGUUAGAAAAAAGAAUAGAAUUUUUAGAAUAAGAGAAAUUAAAGUAAUAAUAAGAAUUCGAAAAUUAUAAAUAAAAACAUCCUACAUUUAAAUUAUAUGAAUUUGAAAAAUAAAUAUCAAAUCUAAAAUAUUAAUUAGAUGAAAAAGAUAGAAUAUAUUUAAAGAAUAUUGAUGAAGCACAAUCUAAUAGAAUAUGUAGAGAAGAAUAAAUGUCUAAAAGAAUAUAAGAAUUAAUAUUAAAGAGUUCUGAAUAUUAAGAUAUUAUUUAAUAAUUAACUAUGGAUUAUAAAGAUUUAAAUGUUAAAUAUUAAACAAUUAAAAUUAAAUUAGAAUAAGAAGAGAAAAAUCAUUAAUAUUUAAAAAGAAGAAUAUCUAGAUAAGAAGAAACUGAAUUUAAUUAAGGAUAUAGAGAAUAAAGAACAAUUAGUAAAUUAAAUUUAGAUCAAAUCUCACCUACACUUCCCAGUCCAAGAGCAGAUUAAAGUUUAAGAUAGAGUUAAUUAAAAUAAGCUAUUAGAGACUGUCUAGAAGAUAUGAAAAAUUCUACAUAUAGUCCUGAUAAAAAGAUUGAAUCUAGAAAAAGAUUAAUAUCUCCAUUGUCACCUAGAUAACAUAAUGAAAUAGAAGCUAAAUUGAAAAUAUUAAAUGAAAAAUAUGAAAACUUAAUUCGUUAAGCUUAAAGAGAAAAUGAUUUUAAAAAUAAGGCAAUUAUUAGGAAAUAAUUAUUAGAGAUAGCUGAAUAAAUUAAGGAUACUGCAAAAGUUGAUAGAAUGAAUUGA